CGGCUACAAAGCGGCGAAGGUCACGGCGCGAGCAGGAGCGCGCGGGCCGCCGGGAGUCCCUUUUGCGUCCCGCGUCCCUAGCCCACCGACUCCGCCCGGAAGCCAUGGAAGGAGUGAGCGCGCUGCUGGCCAGCUGCCCCACCGCCGGCCUGGCGGGAGGCCUAGGGGUCACGGCGUGCGCUGCCGCCGGCGUGGUGCUCUACCGGAUUGCGCGGAGGGUGAAGCCAACGCAUACGAUGGUCAACUGCUGGUUCUGCAACCAUGACACACUGGUGCCCUACGGGAAUCGUAACUGUUGGGACUGUCCCCACUGUGAGCAGUACAAUGGCUUUCAGGAGAAUGGAGACUACAACAAGCCGAUCCCAGCACAGUACAUGGAGCACCUGAACCACGUGGUGAGCAGUGUACCCAGUCCCCGUGACCCUGCACAGCCGCAGCAGUGGGUGAGCAGCCAGGUCCUGCUAUGCCGAAAGUGCAGCCACCACCAGACCACCAAGAUCAAGCAGCUGGCUGCUUUCACACCACGUGAGGAGGGCCGCUAUGAUGAAGAGAUUGAGGUGUACCGCCACCAUUUGGAGCAGAUGUACAAGCUGUGCCGCCCAUGCCAGGCAGCUGUUGACUACUACAUCAAACACCAGAACCGCCAGCUGCGUGCCCUGCUUCUCAGCCACCAGUUCCGGCGUCGGGAGGCUGACCAGGCCCAUGGGCAGAGUUUCAGUUCCUCGGCAAUGAAGGCCCCAUUCCAGGUCAUCCUGCUCCGUGCCCUGGCCUUCCUGGCCUGUGCCUUCUUGUUGUCCACUGCACUGUAUGGGCCCGGCGAACCCUUCACCCCGGGGGCUGCCCUGCCCCCGGCCCUACCUCCUGGAGGCAACAGUUCUGCUGCCUCAGACAACGCCACUUCUCAGGUGGAGGGCUGGCAGCAGCUGCUGGGCCUGUUGCCUGAGCAUGCCACAGAGAAGCUACACGAGGCCUGGGCCUUUGGGCAGAGCCACCAGACCGGCAUUGUGGCAGUGGGCCUGCUCACCUGCCUCCUGGCCAUGCUACUGGCUGGCCGUAUCAGGCUCCGACGGAUCGAUGCCUUCUCCACCUGUCUUUGGGCCCUGCUGCUGGGGCUGCACCUGGCUGAGCAUUAUCUACAGGCUGCCUCACCCGGCUGGCUAGACACACUCAAGUUCAGUACCACGUCCCUGUGCUGCCUGGUAGGCUUCACCGCAGCUGUGGCCACAAGGAAAGCGACAGGCCCGCGGAGGUUCCGGCCCCGAAGGUACUUCUCAGGAGACUCUGCCAGCCUUUUCCCUUCCAGCCCCAGCCUGGCUGUGCCCUACCCAAGCGUCACGGCCUCGCCGGCAUCCCUGUUCAUCCCCACCCCGCCUGGCUUCCUGCCUCUCAGCAAGCAACAGCUGUUCCGAUCACCGCGCCGGGUCUCGCCCUCCUCACUGCCGGGCCGCCUCAGUCGGGCCCUCUCACUAGGAACCAUACCUUCUCUGACGCGCACAGACUCAGGAUACCUGUUCAGCGGGAGCCGCCCACCGUCUCGGGUGUCUCCAGCCGGGGAGGUUUCUCUUUCAGAUUACUUUUCUCUGCUGUCCAGCAGCUUCCCCUCCUCUCCGCUCCCUUCCCCGGCACCUUCCGUGGCCAGCUCUGUGGCCUCGAGCUCGGGCUCCUUGCGUCACCGCAGGCCCCUCAUCAGCCCUGCCCGGCUCAACCUGAAAGGACAGAAACUGCUGCUCUUCUCACCGCCCGGGGAAGCACCAAAUACCCCCAGCAGCUCAGAGGAGCACUCGCCCCCCAACGGCAGCCUCUUCAUUGAUCCUCCCCAGCUCCUGCAGAGGAAUCGCACUCGGGACACAAAGCACACUGUGGAUACGAGGUCGAUGCUGGCCAGAGACAGCGCCCACAGUGGCCACUCCAUCAAGAAAGAGGACGAGUCGUCUCAGUCCUCCACCUGCAUCGUAGAUACCACCACCAAAGGGUGCUCAGAGGAGACCACUCCCUGGAAAGCUCGCGUCAGCCCCUCCCUGGUCCGGGGCCUCCUGGCUGUGAGUUUGGCUGUCAAUGCGCUCUUCACCUCGGCCUACCUGUACCAGAACCUGCGCUGACCACCGAGUGCCCUUCCCGAGGGCAGUGCCCAGGCGCAUGCUGCUUCCACCGCUGGCACAGAUCCCUACCUGAGGGGCUCUGUCUCCGCCUUGACCUCCUGGGUUGAGUCCCUGACCUCAGGAUACCUGCUGUCCACCCAACAGACUGCAGACAUCAACUGUUUGGUGCUGACACUCUGACCCCAAAGCCAGGGAUCUUUGAUGGGCUUGCCAAGCCCCAGGGAUGCUGGUGCUACUGUAGCUGUGGCGGGGGCCAGCCAGGCCACCUGUGCCCGACUGCAGCCUCUGAAACUCCAGAGGUCUGCUGCAGAGCCGCACCGGGAACCAAGGUGAAGAAAGCCCCUGAGAGAGCAUGUGGAGCCUGGGUCAUCUCACACCGGCCCACUCCAGAGAGCAAGUCUCUCUCCCUGGAGAGCAAGACUCCCCGGAGCAGGCAGCCGCCCACCGCCCAUCUCGCCCCUGACUAUCGGCUUCAGGCAGGGCUGGGCGCAUGGGGACCCUGGGACUCACACUAAGCACCUGUUCUCUGUCUCCCCAACCCCUGCCUCAAACUCCUGUUGGUGACUCUGAGAACACCAGAGCUCCCUCGUCCACUUGUCCAGGCCUCUCUCAUCCAGAGUCCUUGCCUGGCCCAUGAGUGUCAGAUGAGACUGGACACUUCUCACACCCAAGUCCCUUAUCCUGAGGCCCUACUAUCCUCUCCUCCAUCCUGUCCCCAUCUCUGUCCCCCUCGACCUGUGGCUCCAGGCCACCUGUGUUGGUGCCUUCAUGCCCAACCACUGCCCUGCGGAGGACACUGCAGGCUUCCUGGAGCACAUCCUGUCCCGUGAGGAGGAAGGAGGAACUUUGGCCUGAAACUGGCCCUUUCAAUAGUGUGAGGCCACAUGUGCCUGUAGGGGCCAGGCCUUGGCCUGUGUGCUUGUGUGGGUGUCUAUGUGUGUGUGCGCGUGUGAGUGGGUAUGCGUGUGCGUAUGUUAAACCCCUUGGGAUUCGUUGUGUGGGAGGGGCAUGGGGAAGGGAAGGGAAGGGUCUUCACUGUCAUUCAGGGAUAAAAUUUAACUUUAUUUUUCUACACAUCUUUUGCCAGGUGAGGCAUGUGCUUUGAAGCCGAUGCCUCCAGCCCUCCCUGCAGGGCAGUGGCCUCCUAAGCUUUGGGUGCUUUUAGUGCUUUUCUUUACACUAUGGGGAGAAGCCCUGACCUUACCUCUACACUCCUGUCCUGGGAGCUCUUGACACUCUCCUGGGUCAUCUCACACCAGUCAGGGGUCAGGACUCCACUGAGCACAGCUGCCACAAAGGGUGCAGCUGAAAGGCGACACCUCUUCACUCUGCAUUUGUACAGCGGAUGCGUCAAGUUUUUACAUUUUGUCUCCUGCCUAAUAAAACCAAAUUGUUCCCUCAGCAUCCUCGUCUCCAGCCCUGAGGAAACAGCUAGGGAGAAGCUGUGGCCCCUCCCAGCAGGCCAGCCUGGUCCCCAAGCACCCAGGAGGGGCUUUUACUUAUGUCUGAUUCAUACAUAAACACGAUGUUAUUUUUCUUUACAAAAGUGAAGAAAUAAAAACUACCAACCUUUGGCUUCUA